ACAUAUUUCCUCCUAUCCGCACAGGCACAGCCAAAGCACAAAUCAAACCCAGACCCGAGCCCAUCCAUCCAUCCAUCCAUCUUGAGAACUCUCGAGGUCUCGGCGAUUCGGGGGAGAUGGCGCCGUCGUUCCUCGCGAUGAAGGCGGGCGCGGCGUCCGGCGCGUCGGAGGCGGCGCAGGCGCUGCUCGAGUCGGACCUGCGGGAGCUGGGCAUGGCGGCGCGGAAGCUCGCCAACCACGCCAUCGUCCUCGGCGGCGGCCUCGGCUUCGGCCGCCACUUCCUCAAGUGGCUCGCCUUCAUCGCCGCCGUGUACCUCUUGGUAUUGGACCGGACAAACUGGAAGACCAACAUGCUGACCGGACUCUUGGUCCCUUACAUAUUCUUCACCCUGCCUGGUGUGCUGUUCUCUCUCGUAAGGGGAGAGGUUGGUGCCUGGAUUGCAUUCGUUGUAGUCAUCCUGCGGCUCUUCUUCCCGCGUCACUUCCCUGAUUGGCUAGAGCUGCCUGGCUCUCUGAUUCUUCUCACGGUGGUCGCCCCCAGCCUCUUCGCCGACCACUUCAGGAACGACCUCGUCGGCGUCUUCAUAUGCCUCGCCAUCGGGUGCUACCUGCUUCAAGAGCACAUCAGGGUGUCAGGAGGCUUCAGGGAGGCCUUCAGGAAGGCCAAUGGCGUGUCCAACACCAUCGGCAUCGUCCUGCUCUUCGUCUACCCAGUCUGGGUCCUGGUGCUCUGGCUCCUGUAGGACAUCUACUGCUAUCGGUGUGGCCAUUGAUUGGCUUGUGCAGUUCUGUUCGCUGUUUGGGGAUUCAUCGUGUAGACGCUUUCGAUGGUGAUUUGGUAUUGCUCGUCCGGAGCCGAUGAACUGUGCACGUUUGUACCUUUCUGAUGGACAUGUUUCGAUUUGUUGUAGUUCUGGUAUGAGGUCUUUGUUUCCUUGAUUUGUGGGUACAUAAUUAGUCUUUGUUUCCUUGAUUUGUGGGUACAUAAUUAUCAAUAAAAACAUCAUCACUGUUGAUUGGUGUAUUGAAGUCGA